AUGUUCAUUGCAGACGAACUCAUCGAAGAAGAAGUAGAAGACGACGAUCAGCGGUUGCUGUUUGUGCGGAGUCGCUGGGGCCGGAUGUGCCUGAUCUACCAGGGAUACUUGUUCUUCUCGAACAAGCGCGUCGCGGCCACCCACACGACCUACUGGCGGUGCACGUUUUCCAGCAAUCAACGAUUUAACACAGCUUUUUUUCAACUUUUUCCAGAUUGCUCCACACAGACUCUGCAGUUCAUUAAAAGUCCCUGGUCGACGUCCUGCCUGGUGCUGAACGACUACCUGUACAAUUGCCAUAGCACGCGCGGAGACAAGGUCUACUGGCGGUGCCAUAAUUACUCGCGUAAGAUAAAGGAGGAACGUUGCCGAGCGCGUUGCGUCAUCGUGGACGGAAAGCUGAGCGCGUUGACCGGGUCCCAGCACAACCAUCCGCCGCACACGGAGAAGAUCGACAAGAUCAACCGACGCAACCAGAUGCUCGACGAGACUGCCCCGAUGGCGUCCAGGUAUCCCAAGGCGUUGACCUCGACCGCUACUGCGUCGCAUGGCGAGUCCUUCGAGACGCUGGUUGACACCAGUUCGCUGGAUCUUGGGCUGAUUAAGAUCGAAGUGCUUCCAUUUGCCAAGUUGGGGAGCCAACCAAUUGAGCUGUAACGUGGGAAGCAUGCAAGCAUUAACGUACUAGAAUAGACUAAAACUUUUUUACCUCUGAACCUGAACCGCAAUAAAGUUUUAAUGUUGUCGAGCAAUAUGAAGAAACGUGUUUUAAUAGGGUUUCCAUCUGGAAACUCGAACAUUGUAAUAAGAGAGAUAUCGCUUACUAAUGCACACCUUUAAUUAAUUUUACAGUUUCAACCUUUGAGAAUCACCGGCAGUUUAUACGGAGUCAACGGGGAGCACCACUGCUAACGUUGGAGAACUUUAUCUACCGGUGCGAACGCGUCCGGAAGACCCGCUCGUACUGGCUGUGCAUCCGGUACAAAAGCUCCAAGUGCAACGGUCGCGUAAUCUGCCAGGGAAACACCGUCAUCAAGCGGACUUCGCACUGCCAUCCGGACGACCAGCGGCGGAUAUCUUCGUCCAUUAUCGAGCAAACCAACCUGGCGGCCAUCAAUCUCAACGACUGGUACAAGCUAACCCUGGUACAGAACAAGCAACAGGGACUCGUAGCGAAGCGAAAAUAAAGUUUUAAAAUUUGAAUUGUACAAAAAAAAAACGACGUUCAUCUGACCCAAAGCCUCUCCUCAUUCUAGUACUACAAAAUUGAGUUGGAACUAACCGCAACUUCUUCAUUCUUCCCAGGCCACAUCAAGACGACCAUCAGCACGACCAUUCCGUUGAGCCCGUCGCAUCAGAACGUGUUCUAUCGCGGCGAUCUGGGCGACCAGCUGAACCCGGACGCCGUCCAGUACAUCCGAAGUCGGCGGGGUCAUCCGCUGCUCGUGUACCGGGGGUACAAGUUCCGGCGAAACGGUGGCUGCAAGGACAAGGGCUACUGGCGGUGUGCCUCCUUUUCCAAGUGUCCCGGCCGGGUCACUACCGUCAGUGGGAUUAUCGUCAAGUAUCACGUUCACAGCCACGAUCCGCCUUUGUUGAAGCAGGUCGAAACAAUUUUAUGUUAGAUGUUUUGAAUUGCCAAUAAAGUGCAUAGUUUUUAAA